GUCGUAGUAGAAACUGCUAAAAAAGUGACAGUAAAGAAAUAAUUUUAAAUAAUAGUUGUAAUAGAAUGUGAAACCAACACGCUAGAGGUUUUCAAUCACCCCAUUGACAUUUAAACAACACAUUUUAAUCAAUUAGUCACUUGUAGCGAGUGAAUUUUCUCUUUUUAUUUUUGUUAGGUAUUAAUAAACGUUCCACUUUAGCAUGUUGUCCAGAGGAUGGAGUUCACUGACACAAGGGAAGACGUUUCUCAUGAUAUGUUUUCAUGUUGAAGUAAAGUGUUGUUAACAUUGGUAUUUACCUAGAUAUCUAUGUGUAUUUUGUAAGCCACAAACUAAGUAAAACAGUUUGUUGCUAUAGAUGUCUCUGUAUUAAUUAACAAAUGCAAGCUAAAAAAAAUAUUGUGGACAGCAAGCAACACCGCCUGCUUCGGCUGAGUUCAAGGUUCAGUACGGAGUAAAGAAAACGCGCACACCUUAUAUCAGAUUGUGUCAAAAUGUCAGAGUCUACUGACAGUCGCACCAAGACGUUAAAUUUCAACGUCGGGGUGCUCGGACAUGUCGACAGCGGGAAGACAUCGCUGGCUAGGGCGCUGAGCAGCACCGCCUCCACGGCUGCCUUCGACAAGAACCCGCAGUCUCGUGAGAGGGGCAUCACGUUGGACCUCGGCUUUUCCUCCUUCGCUGUGGAUCUUCCUGAUCACCUACAGGGCAGCGGAGGACCGCAGCAGUAUGACAGCCUGCAAUUCACCCUGGUGGACUGUCCAGGACACGCCUCUCUGAUUCGGACUAUCAUUGGGGGUGCCCAAAUCAUUGAUCUGAUGAUGUUGGUGGUGGAUGUGGUGAAAGGUGUCCAGACUCAGACUGCCGAGUGUCUGCUCAUAGGAGAGCUGACUUGCCCUCGUAUGGUGGUCGUCCUGAACAAAAUCGAUUUGCUGCCAUCCAACAAGAGACAGAGUGCCAUUGAGAAGAUGACCAAGAGACUGCACAAAACUCUAGAGACCACCAGAUUUAAGGAAUGCCCAGUGAUUGCUGUGGCAGCAAAGCCUGGAGGCCCGGAAGCUCCUGACACAGAAGAGCCGCAGGGAGUCCCAGAGCUGAUUGAGCUUUUGAAGAAACAGACAUACCUCCCUCAGAGAGACCCUGGUGGUGAUCUUCUGAUGGCUGUGGACCACUGCUUCUCCAUCCGUGGUCAGGGAACAGUCAUGACUGGGACCGUCCUGCAGGGGUCGCUGGCCAUCAAUGACACUGUGGAAAUCCCAGCGCUGAAGGUGACCAAGAAGAUAAAGUCGGUGCAGAUGUUUCGGAAGCCAGUGUCAGGAGCCAUGCAGGGGGAUCGUGUGGGCGUGUGUGUGACACAGUUUGACCCCAAACUGUUAGAGCGGGGUUUGGUGUGCACGCCAGGCUCCCUGCACACCCUCUAUGCAGCUGUCAUCUCUGUCAGGAAGAUAGGCUACUUUAAGGGUUCCCUUGCCACCCGUGCCAAAUUCCACAUCACUGUGGGACAUGAAACAGUCAUGGCGAGGGUGACCUUCUUUGGCCUGCCACCUGUGGGUACCUCAGAGCCCCGGUUUGACACUGAACCACUACCAUUGCAGCCCUGCUCCCUGGAUACACCCUUCACCUUCGACAGGGAGUACUUCUACCAGGAUGAAUACGUUACCAGUCAGGGAGAGGCCAGGUCUAAUCCAAAGCAAUGGGCCUUGUUGGAGUUUGAGCGGCCAGUCACAUGUCCCUUACUCUGCCUUGUGAUUGGCUCCAAGCUGGACACAGACAUCCAUGCUAAUGCAUGUCGGUUAGCCUUCCAAGGCCGUCUGUUACAGGGGUUUGAAGAUAAAAGCUAUGCUGAGACUGCCCUGCCUCGUCUGCGCAUCUACAAAAGCAAACAAAAGGAGGGACAGGUGGAGAGGGUGACUGAUGAUUACACUGUGAUUGGCCGCAACCUGUUUAAGAAGGAGACCAACCUGCAGCUGUUUGUGGGGUUAAAGGUCACACUGUCUACAGGAGAGAGUGGCGUCAUUGAGGGUGGGUUCGGACAGAGUGGGAAGUUCAAGAUUCGUGUACAAGAGGGUCUUCAUCCAGAAACCAAGCAGUUAUUAAACUCCACCUCUAAGAAGAAAGGAAAGGGUGGAAGCAAAGGCUGCCCAGCAAAUGAAGAGGAGCCCAAAGCAGAUUCUGAGCCUGUUAGCAUUCACUUGCGUUUCAAACGGUAUGUCUUUGAUCCCCAUAAAAAGAUGGUUCAGUCUUGACCUUUGUUGCACACCCUUCAACCUGACACUGAGUCACGUUGCUGGAGACUGGGUGCAGACAGCUGCAGAGGUGUACUACAGCCUCUGUUUCAGGGGUGUGAUAACUUUCUUUUUCUGGGGACAGAGAGAGUCCGAUGAAAUGCUCUUAUUGUGGAAUGCUGAUGGGCUUAAUCCAGUUUGCUCCAUCAUAAAGGUGGAGGCUGCUCCUCUGUUCCUGAUGGAUUUGAUUUCUUAUAAAAUCAGUAGUUAUUUUCCUCUUUUGGCUAGCAGCAAAUUUUCUUUUUUAAAUGUACAUUUCUAUUGCAGCUGAGCCAUAAUUGGUAUAAACACAUUAGCUAGCAUAGAAACACUGAGCUCACCGAUUUCCACGGAUAUGCUCACAUCAUAGAGUCGUCGCCUGUGUCUCUAGCUGUCAUUAAAGGUCAUGCUUUGAUGUUUGGCUGCUGCUGUGUGAUUUCACCAUAUUUGUCCAUAUUUUUCGUUUUCAUUACAUUCACCUUUAUGGCAGUUUGAGCUUAGAGUUUAUUUUAAUAUUAUUCAUUGACACAUAAAGACAAACCUAUGCUGAAACUCAAUUCUGGCAGUUAUUUUUUGUGUGAUGACUGGCAAAGUCCUUGGGGGCAUGGGGGGAUGUACUAGUUAUUCAGCAACUGUUUUAAGAAUCAAUUGUUCAUUUUUAAGUAAAAACAUUCAAACAUUCUUUUUAAGUUUGUCAGAUGUGAGGAUUUGUUGCUUUUCCUUUUUUGUGAUAUCAUAAAAUUAAUACUUUUGGGUUUUGGACUGUUGGUCAACAAGACAUGACCCACCCAGCUGUAGAACAUUGUGAUGGGCAUUUUAACUGUUUUUCAAUGGUAUGUAGACCAAAUGAUUAGUUAAACAAUAAUGAGUAAUAAAUUAUGAAAAUAAUGUGUCCAAAAACCCUGUUUGCAAGACAAACUGAAUUCAUCAAUACCUAAAUACAAAACAUUUACAUUUUUACUGAAGCUCAAUAUGAAGCACUCUUCAUUAUGCUGCAGUUUGUACUUUGUGCUGUGUUUGAUAAGAUACUGUUUCCAUA